AAAAGAAGCAGAGGAAGCACCGAAAGAGCGUUUUGCUGCCAGACUAUUUGCAAUGACCAGGAAGAUAUCUGCGUUGAAUAGUUUGUCCAGAGGGCACAUACGUACCUCUUGGAACAAGUACAACUUGUUUAACUUGUACAAGAAAAGAAAUGUCAAUCUUCGUGGCAAAUCGUUGUACCAACAAAAAUGGUAUUCCAAAGCUGAAUCAAGAGCCUAUCAUGGAGAGCAUUUGACUGAAAAACAAUGGAGCAGAACCUUUGUGCCAAAUUUGAAAGGUGUCGCUCAAUUGGAUUCCGGUUUGCAAGCUCAUAACACUGAAACACCAUUGGUUUUGCAAACGUAUGCUCCAUUGGAGAGGAGGUUGGAUUUUGCUUUAUUCAGAUCCUUUUUUGCUUCUUCUGUAAGACAAGCAAGAAGAUUUAUUUUGUCUUCGCAUGUUCAUGUGAAUGGUGUGAAAGUCAUCCAGCCAAGUUAUCCACUACGUCCUGGUGAUAUUUUCAGUUGCAACCCAGAAAAGGUUUUGCUAGCUUUAGGGGCCAAAAAGCCCUCGGUAAAACAAGCAGCAAAAAUCGAUUUUGUUACAGUUAAUAAAUGGAAUGAUUUUGUUAAAAAAGCAAAAGAAAAUCCAGAGAAAACAUGGAAUGAUCAAUUACUAAGAAAAAAACAUGGAUGGAAUGGUGAAAUUGAUCGCAAUACUCAAAGGAUUUUAAUUGCCAAUUCAAAUAAAGUUGUCAAAAAAAUCAUUGAAACAGAACAAGAAAAAUGUGAUCCAGAACUAAUUUUAUUCGAUAUAUUAAGAAUUUCUUCAAAUGCAGGAAACUCUGAUGUGGCUAUAUUAAAAGCAUUGACUCCAAAAUUUGGUGGUAAUGCUAAAAAAUGUUUAACUAUUUAUCAAGAUCUUUUAUCAACAUUUGAGAAUGAAAUUCCACCUUCAUUACCAAAUUUAUCUGAUCAAAAAUUAUCUAAAUUAGUUAAUAGAAUAUUAGGUUUUAACAUUCAAGAAACUGAUAAAACUGUCAAGCAAGAAACAUCAACAGCCAAAGAUCUUAAAGAUCCUAAAGAUCCUAAAGAUUUUAAAGAUUCUAAAGAUUCUAAACAAUCUGUCGAACCAAAAGAGCAAGCAGCUUCUAAGGGAAAAGAAUUGGUAGAUUCUAAAGAAUCUGUUGAAACAAAUCAAAAUCAAGAAAAUACCAAAGUAGAUGAAGAGGCAACUUCAACGUUUGCAGAAUUAAAAAGAUCUGAAAUAUUCAAUUCUGAAGAAAAAAAACUACAAAAAAAACAAGAGAAAGAAAAGACAAUUAAGAUAAAAGUGAAAAAACUUCAAAGCGUAAAAUAUACCUUGAACCAAAUAACUUCAUCUCUUCGUAACCAAAUUGAUGCAGAGUACAACAGUAAAUUUAUUAAUCCUAAUAAAGACAACUUCAGAGUUACAGACUUAGUUUUAGACCCCGAAUGGCAUAAAAAUUUGAAACCUCAUAAACCUAUUAACAUAAAAGAGAUUGUUGAAGAUGAAUCAAACGCCAAAAUAUUCUUACCAUUUCAAAAGGGUUUAUAUGGAAGACAAGAAGCAGAAAAACCAUAUUUCACUCCAUGGAAACUAAGACCAUUUAUGGGCCCUUUUGCAAUUUACCCCCAUCACAUUGAAAUUGAUUUUGAUACUUGUCAUGCCGUAUAUCUAAGUGAUCCUGUUGCUAGACCUGGUUCUUCUGAAGUAAUAACACCAUUUGGAAAAGACAUUAGUGAAAGAGCAUUUAUGUUCUACCAAAGAAAACGUUUGUGAUUUUUAUAAAAGUAAAACACUGAAAAAAAAGAGCUUGUACAUAUUUGUUUGUUAUAGGUAUUAUUUAUUUUUUAAUUUUUUCAAUUUUCUAACUUUUAAAUUGUUUAAUUUCCAUGAAAUGUAGACAAAGAUAAAGGAAGCAAAAACUUGUUUCUUUAAACAUUCCAAACAUAAAAGCAAAAGCCGUUAUCAGUAUCCCUCCAUUGCAUUUUAUCAAUGAUAUUCAUUUGCUUGAUUAUAAUCCAAAACAGUCAUUAUACCAUAUUUUAAAGCUAAAUAAAAAAAGUAAAGAUAUCAAACAGAUCAAUCUUGUAAUCUUGAAGAUACUAAAACAGAAUUUAUCCGGCAACUACUGAUAUGCAAAAAUCAUAAAA